CCAAUGGCAGUCGCUGCAUUGGAGGUUUCUCAGCACAAAACACCCUAACUGCGUGGCCUGCAGCUCCUAGACCUCCAACACUGCGUUUGCUGACCUUUGUUUGGAAUGUGAUUGGCUCCGAGACAUCCCCUUGACGAAUGCAUCUCCAAUUUUCUUGGGUUGGCUUGCACUAAGUGGACUUUUGCUGUGCUUUUUUUCUUCUUUGGCGGCAGUUGCUGAGACCGGUGAGAGCACUGUGGCACUGAGAAAGCGUGUUAAAAGGGGGGUUAUGGCCGAUCAUUGUAGAUGCUUUUUUUACUUUCCAUCUUCAUAGUUCUUUGAUACCUUCGUCAUCCGCCUUCCUCGGACUCCGGAUUUCGGUCUUAUUCUUUUGGAAUAUCCCGAUUGUCCUGAGCUUAUCUACUUGAGACUAUCCUCAGUCGUUGCCUGUUUCAUACCUCUUACUCCAGUAAUUGGCAUUUCUCUGCCCUGACGUCAGUUACGCCGCUUGCCACUGAGGUUUGUACCUUAAGAGCUUGCAGGGUAUCGCGGAAGCAACCCACCGGAGUAUCUAGAUCAGAUUUUGGGCACUCAAAAAGCUGCAAAUCGACGUGACAUAUCGCGAAAACAAAACAAAACAAAACAAAACAUGGCGUUCCUCUUCAUAAAGCAGAAGCUCUUCUCAACACGGGAAUCAGACAAGCUACCCGCAGGGAAACAACGCCUUCUAGCUCGCAUCGACGACGAUGAGACCAUCCGUGGCGACUCUGACCAAGACCUCGAAGCUCAGAGCUGUCGAUCCUAUAACACAUUCGGCAACGCCAGCCAGGACGAGUCCACAACCAGCGGCAGCAGCACUCGCUCAAGAAUUAACCCGCGCAUCGUCUCGGAUGCCAUCCUCGGUCUCUCAGAUGGACUCACAGUACCCUUCGCCCUGAGCGCUGGUCUUUCGGCUUUGGGAAACACAAAAGUUGUUGUUCUGGGUGGACUGGCCGAGCUAGCAGCUGGAGCCAUCUCCAUGGGAUUAGGAGGAUAUGUCGGCGCCAAGAGUGAAGCUGAAUCAUACGAAACAACCGUCCGCGAAACACAACAAUUAAUCGAGAACGACCCGCAAGAAACUAGCUCUAUGGUCCGCGAGACUUUCGCCCCAUACGGUCUCUCAGACAUAGCUAUCGAGGAUAUCACACGCGACCUGCAUGCCUCGCAAGACCGACUCCGCGAGUUCCUGCUUACAUUCCACCACCGCGAGACAGAGCCCGACUGCAACCAAGCCUGGACCUCGGCCAUCACACUUGCACUGGGUUAUUUCAUUGGCGGGUUCAUUCCUCUCAUUCCGUACUUUAUCGUCUCGCAGGUUAUGGUUGCCUUGUACUGGAGUAUCGGUGUGAUGGCCAUUACCCUGCUGGUGUUUGGAUAUGUCAAGACCUGCGUUGUGCGCGGUUGGUCUGGGCGUGAUAAUGUUCUCGCUGGUGUACGGGGUGGAGUUCAGAUGUGUUGCGUUGGUGGUGUUGCUGCCGGUGCGGCGAUUGGGUUGGUGCGGUUGAUUGAUACGGGCAGUCCUUGAUUCGGUAGUAGCUGUUCUGCGAUGCAUAUGUGGAGUUUUGCUUUCUGGUUUCAUCUCUGCUCUGGGCGUUUAAGGGGGAAAGCUAUAGAAGCUGCACGAUACUCAGGGCCAUAUCUCGUACUCAUACUCAUACUUAUCUCGCAUAACGACA